AGAGGCAAAUUUGAAGUUUCCUCUGAGAAUUUUGACGAGUGCAGGAUGUUUGAAAGAGCAAACUGUUGUAGACAAAUUCAAAAUAUAUAUUUCAUUUUCAUUUCUUUUCAUCGUUGACUUUUUGCUGAUUUGGACUCUAUGUUGUGAAACGAAGACCUUCGAAGAUGUUGUGACUAUUUCUGAAACAGCAGGUUGUUAUUGGCAGGCGACGUCGAAACUUCUGGUUCUCAUCAUCUAUAACAACGACCUGAAGAACAUCCUCACCUUACGGGACCAAUUCUGGGAAUAUGACAAAUUUGGAAUGGAGUUUGGUAAUAAACUGAGAAUGUUUCCUAAAAAUGCAUACAGUUUCAUCAAAGUAUACGUAUUUUUUGUUCUGGGCGUACUUUCGAUGAUGAUAUUGAAUCCCAUUCUGUUUGGCAUUCUUCCUACAAAAGUUUGGGUUCCCGACGGACGAGUGUGGUUUUAUACGACAUGUUUUAUUCAAACCGAAGUUCACAUUUACUGUGCUAUUGCGAGUGCUUUGGGAUUUGAUACGUUGUUCGCACUCAUCUUUAUAGAGGCAACAAUACAAUUCAAAUUGCUAAAUCGAGCUUUCUCAAUGAUGCAAAACCACAACGACAUGAGAGCGUGUGUGGAUCAUCACGUGUUUCUUUACGAGUUCAUUGAAAAGUUAAAGAAUAUUUUUUCAGUAUUCCUAUUGGCACAGUGCUUCGACUGUAUGGUUAUAGUUAGUAUAAAAAUGCUCGUUGCUGUAGAUCCAAACCAAAAUGUGAUUCUCAGAACGAAAGCAAUAAUGUACGUAAUUGGUAUCAAUGUGCAGCUGUCUUUAUUUUGUUUUCCGGUUGGUUUCUUAAAAGAUGAGCUAGACAGAUCACCUGAGGCCAUCAGUAGUUGCCCAUGGCUCUUGAAUAAUAAAACUUUUAGAAAUGAUAUAAUCUUCAUCAUGAUGCGCUGUCAAAGAAUGAUUUCGUUUAGAGCUGGAGGACUAUUUGAAAUAGAUCGUCAAGCAUUUACCGGGGUUUUCAAGUUUACAUUUUCGGUCUACACUUUGUUGGGUGCAGUUCAAUAAACAUCAGUUUCAAUUCAGUCAACAAGUAAUUUCUUGCAAAACACAUUGCUUCUAGUCUUUCACUAUUAUAACAUUAUAAGUAAUAUACACUAUUAGAAUCACGCAAUAUAGAUGUUUUGCCUCAAAAUACCUUCUUCUCAGAGAACUCUGAGAAGGAUAUGAAGAUAUGGCCCAUAGCAUAGCCGAUCGAUAUGAAAAUAAGAUAGUGAAAUGUGAGUGUUUUUUAUAUGUUUAUCACUUGUGCACUUAGAUAAAACCAAAAUACAUUAC